GGAGGAGUUCCCCUUGUGAGUGCCGAAGCCCUCUGCUCUGCAUUCCGGCGGAGCGCACAAGCACACACCGGCCGCAGCCCAGUCCCGGGCCGAAAGACUCGUUGUCUAAACUCAAAGUAGAGACGAGGGGAAAAAGUUCCUCCGCGUAUGUUUUCUACAGUUUUUCCCUCCUCGUUGCGUUGUUGACACUUCGCCCUGGUUGUGGAAUGGUUUACGGUUCCUCUGAGAGCUGUCUGAACUGUGAGAGAAGGUGGUUUCUGUCCGCUCUUUAAGGUACGAGCCUUAAUUUAUCCUAACACUGUAACUCCAGACUGUUGGUGCGCCAUGGUGAUCAUGACAGAGAACAGCCGGGGGGCUCAGUCCAGCCCUGCCCAGGGAAGGCCGCUGCAGGUCGGCUUCUACGAGAUCAUCCGCACCCUGGGGAAAGGCAAUUUUGCAGUGGUGAAACUGGCCAAACAUAAAGUCACCAAAACACAGGUGGCCAUAAAGAUAAUUGAUAAGACCAGGCUGAAUCCCUCAAACCUGGAAAAAAUUUACAGAGAGGUGCAGAUUAUGAAGCUGCUGAACCACCCCCAUAUCAUCAAACUGUACCAGGUCAUGGAGACCAAAGACAUGCUGUACAUCGUGACAGAGUAUGCAAAGAACGGAGAGAUGUUUGACCACCUGACCUCAAAUGGCCGUAUGAGUGAAGAUGAGGCACGAAAGAAGUUCUGGCAGAUUCUUACAGCAGUGGACUACUGCCAUCGACACCACAUCGUUCACCGUGACCUAAAAACUGAGAACCUGUUGCUCGAUGCCAACAUGAAUAUCAAACUGGCUGACUUUGGAUUUGGAAACUUCUACAAUGCAGGGGAGCCUCUGUCUACAUGGUGCGGUAGCCCGCCUUAUGCCGCGCCUGAAGUGUUUGAAGGGAAAGAGUAUGAGGGGCCUCAGCUGGACAUUUGGAGCCUCGGUGUGGUACUUUAUGUUCUCGUCUGCGGCUCUCUUCCAUUUGAUGGCCCCAGCCUUCCUGCACUCAGACAGAGAGUCACAGAGGGACGAUUCAGAAUCCCAUUCUUCAUGUCCCAAGACUGUGAAAACCUGAUCCGUAAAAUGCUGGUGGUGGACCCAGCCAAGAGAAUCAGUGUGGCCCAGAUCAAGCAGCAUCGCUGGAUGCUGGCAGACCCAACAGCUGCCCACCAGACUCUCAGCCAUUCCUUCACAGAGUACAACUCAAACCUGGGCGACUACAGCGAACCUGUGCUGGGCAUCAUGAACACACUGGGCAUCGACCGCCAGAGGACUAUCGAGUCUCUGCAGAGCAGCAGCUACAAUCACUUCUCUGCCAUCUACUAUCUGCUGCUGGAGAGAGUGAGAGAGCAUCGCACCCAGCAGCUGAGCCGCCAGUGUGGAACCUGGAGCCAGAGACCCAGGAGCACCUCCGACUCCACCGGCCCAGAGGUGAUUAGGGAGUCCACCGACAGCUUUAGGACUACAGCAUUUUCAAUUCCAGCCAAAAAUACUCCUCAUGUGUACUCGGAGAUGGAGUGUGAUCAAGGUGGAUUGUUCCAGCGUGUGGUGUUUCCAGUGGAGGCCAGCCUGAACAGACUGCUCUGGAAUCGCUCCAUUUCACCCAACAGCCUGCUGGAGACGAGCAUCAGCGAAGAGGUGCGACCCAGAGACCUGGAGGAGGAGGAGGCAACACAAACUCUCGGACCCCUGCUCCCUCCUACCACCACCUCCCGCAGACACACUCUGGCUGAGGUGUCCGCUGGUUUCCACCAGUGCAACCCUCCAUGUAUCGUGGUCAGUCCCUCUGAUGGUGCCUCUUCUGACAGCUGUCUGAAGUCCUCAUCCAGUCCCACCCCCACUUUGCAGGCUGCUAUGGGUGAGGUGUCAACGCUUCUGGCCUCUGGGGCUGAAGGUGGAGCUCUGCUGCAAGCUGGAGCUCCUCUGGCCCUCUCCUCCCACCUCCUUCCCCAGGCCCAGGGCAGCCUGCCGUCCGCCAGCUUCCAAGAGGGUCGUAGAGCCUCUGACACCUCCCUUACACAAGGCCUCAAAGCUUUCCGCCAGCAGCUGAGGAAAAACACACGCACUAAAGGGCUUCUGGGAUUAAAUAAGAUCAAGGGUCUGACGAGGCAGGUUGUCCCUCCACCCUCCUGUAACCGCGGAAGCCGAGGGUCACUGGGUCCAGCCCUCUCUGAGCACCGCAGCAUGCUGGAGGAGGUGCUGCACCAGCAGAGAAUGCUGCAGAUCCAGCACCAGCUUCAGCCUCAGGUCCAAGCAGCUCAGACAGGACAUACCCAGAAUCCCCUGCUCUUUCUGGCCCAGCAGCAGGCGCCCUCUCCUCCACCUACUUCUGUUUUUGCUCCCUCCCCCAUGUUUGACACCCCCGCCCCCUCUGCCCUGCCUCUUCAGCAAGCAUCAGUUGGUCUACAGCACGGCCCCUGGCAACAAACCCUCGAGACUUCCUCCUCUGGCUGCUCCUCAUCCUCCUCAUCCUGCUACUCCUCUUCGCUGUCCCCCGUGGCCUCCGCUGCUUACCUUCUCGAGGCUCGUCUGCACAUCAGCCAGCAACCCCGCCCUCACCCCCACUCCAGCCUCCAGCAGCAGCCCCAAUCUACAACACAAGGCACCUUCCCGUUCCUGUCCAAACCAGUGGUGUGGAGCUUGGACGCAGCCUCAAGCACAGAUCCAGACGUGCAGGAGUUGGGCCUGGCUGGGCAGCAGCAGCUCAGUAGCUGUGUGAUGGUGAAGUAAAACAUAAGCCAUGUUGAAGACCUCUCGGUGACACUUGGAGCAAAAAUGACUUGAUUUUGAGUUCAGAAAAAAAUAGAGCAUAAGUGAGGUGAAAGAACAAAAAGCAGAUGCAAGCGACAAACGUACACUUAACAACAUGGGUUACACGUGUUGUACGCACGUGUGUAUGUUGUGUGUAUGGUUUUGAUAUCAUAUAAGCUAAAGACUAAGCAAUAACCAAACUCUGGAUGAGGUGUUAAAUCCGUAUCAGACAGCCAGAGAAGCAAUAAUAGACUGAAAGACUCUCAUCCAGCUCUGUGAUGGACUCACUUGAAUAAAAUGAGAGCUGACGUUAGCUGAUACAAUUAUCUCUCACAUGUUUUGAUGCUGUCUAAGUUCAGUUUUUGAUUUUCUGCAAACAGAAAGGCUCCAUCUUCCUCAUUCUUUUUUUAGUCACUUUUUGUGUCAUUUCCUCUUCUUGAUGUUUUUCACUUGACUGGACAGAAGACCAAAAUUCUUUCUUUUUCUUUUUUAAAUUUUUUCAACUUUGUUCACCUUUUUAAAGAGACGUUUCUCUGUAGCAGUGCAAUGAACAUGCAAUAUAGUGCCCUAAGCUUACAUACGUUCACUGAAGGAGACAAUUUUGGUUUGUAUUGAAACUGUGAUUUUUUUUUUUUUUUUUUUUUUUUUGUCCUGUGCUGCUGGGUUUUUUUUUUCUGUGAUUUUUUUUCCCUAGAUUAUUAUAGCUACGCAAAUGAUGCUUUUACCUCAAGCUGCAAAAAGACUGCUACAUCCUCAUCAGCCAAAACUGAAGGAAGUGUGUCUCGCUGAUUGAGUAAAGCACAACAGGUACAUCAGUCAGCUGGGUAGCACCUCACAUAUGUGGAUACAGCGAUCCGUAUUCCCCUCAUUUGAUAAGCACCUUCUUGUUAGAUGCUUUUACUACCUCCUCGGGCAAGAAAUUAGAACAGAAAAACCUUUCAAAAUCCUCUAACAACGUGUCGUCAAUCCCAGAAUAUCAGAGGAAAGACACUUUUCAUAUGGACAUAACAAAGACUGUGGGAACAGUGCAAUAUUUCACAUUGAAAUACAAAGGAAAGAUAAAUCUCUACAUAGGAUUGUCAAAAUGUACAUGCGGAUAUGCCUGAGGCUUUUUUGUUUUUACUUUUAAUGUGUCUGUUUGACCUUGCUGUGCUAGCUAGCUGACUAGAAAGGGUACUAGUUAUGUAACAUAAUAACAUGAUACUGUAGAAAUUGAGAGUGAAGGCAUUUCAAAAUGCUGUUUCUGCACACAGCAUUCUUGUAGUUCUUUAACUGAAAGGAAGAUUUUGGGUUUUACCAAAGAGUGAACAUCACAAGAGAUGGGUGAUCUAUCACAGAUACACUACUGACUUUUCACUUUGAAUGCUGUCUCAAAAUGUAGCAUGGUGGUUAGCUAGCAUUUUCACAUGAUCUCCUUAGCUUUUGCUGUGAGAAAAACUCCCGCUGCCACCAAACCUUAAUGCUACACGUGUUGUUAAUAUCUCUAGCUGUUACUAUCAGGAGAACCACGGUGGUAUUCAUUUUUGUACUUUUCUAGAAAAGAAGAAGAAAAAAAAUCAGAACAUAGCAAUACCAUGUUGUGCUGGAAGUUGAACUUUCUUCAGUUGUCCAUAAGUGGCUAGAAAUAGGUACAAAUGACCUGCAACAACCUGAUGUAUUUGUGCAGAUGUCGUAUUAGAAAGCUGCAAGAGAUGCAUAACAUUGGAAGUUUAGUUAAUUUUUUCUCAUAUCCGUGGAACAUCUUGCAGAGGAGCAGUGUUUUUCCAAACCCAGUUCUACGUUGGAAACAUGCAGUAUUGAUAUUUUUACCCAACAAUUUUUAGUUGAUUGCACUCAUUACCAACACUCGUGCCUUUCUCUGAACAAACCCACAAUCGGAGGUUUCCAUCUCUGAUCACUACACUGAAGAAAUUAAAAUGGAUGGCUCUGUUAUUGGCUGUUCACUCAGACGCCCCUUUUGAUAGCUUCUUUAUAAUUUGAGCUUGCUGUGUAAACUGAAGCAAGAAUUGCACUUUAUUCAUAUUUCUUAUUACCAUUUUUUUGUUUUUUUUUGUUUCUCAUGAUGAAAAAAACUUCAUAAAUCUAUUGAAACACUAAGACUCUUGAUGCAAAUCUGUAAAAUGACCCUUUUGAUAAACUUUGGAUAAUAAGAAGUACUUCAUGUUUUUUUUCUUUGUUAUCCUUUGUUAUUUGUUACCUGACUGUGUGAACAUGUGCAUGUCUGUGUGUGACUGUGUGUGUGAAAGUGUGAGUGUGUGGAAGGGAGGAACAGAAAGAGACAGGAAAGGAGAGAGAAAGCUAGUUCAGGAAAGAUUGUUUAUUUAUCUGGCUAUUUAUUUAAAUAA